UUAAAAUAUGAGCAAUAUACAAAUGCAAUAAUUAAACCACUGAGGUAUAUUUUGAGGCCUGAAUUGGGUUGGCGAGGCCUUUUUUUUUACAUUCUCAGAAGUAAAGUUAUCAAAUUGUACGUUUCCAUCUUCUUGGGCUAUCGUUUGUAUUUUCUGUAUGUAUCAUUUACCUGGAAAUUUGACUAUAGUGUCCAAUUAAGGUAUAUUUAAGCUCGAUAAUUGGACCUUAAGGACCAUAGAUGUAGCUUUAAAGCAUUACUCUGAAAACUAAUGAAAGGUUCACCACAUGAACCUUCCCAAGAUGUAUACUAAUGGUCCAAAAGAUGCAUCCUUGAUGGCACCACCCUAGCGACAAGAAAAAGUAUAGGUUGGUACAUUUAUUUCUGAGAGUGUAAGGGUGGCACCUCCUUCCUUCUUCCAUGACCAUGCCCCUGCAUAUUUUUAGUCUCUCUGUAAGCAUUUAUCCGUAACAUCUUAUCAUUUCUUAUGAUAUUUUUAAAAUCACACACGAACUGUAAUUACAUCAAGGCUGAGAUCUGUUUCAGCUUUUCAAGAAGUACCUCUUAUCUUGUCAUCUUUUGAUACAUUACACUACAGAUGCACUUCCAAUUCCAACUCAGAGGCUCCAUCUCAGGCGAGCUUCAUUAGAGACUCUGAAACCUGAAACCUUUCACUUUACAAGUAGGUGGGGACAUCAGUGAAGGAUUGACAUUUUAAUUUAGAUACGGUUAAUGAGUAGAUCUUUAUGGGUACGUAGUGAUUUCAGGUUUUUUUUUUUUUUGCUUUCCAGGAACAUAGUGAUUUCAGUGUGUGUUUGCAAUUCACUACAAUUGCAUGGAGACUUCUAUAAACAUUGCCUCCCUUGUAAAAGUACAACCUUCAAGAUGAAUGAGCAGUGUUACUACAAUGAAACCAUUGCCUUCUUUUACAACAAAAGUGGGAAGAACCUGCCCACAGAGUGGAAUGCUGUCAGCAAAUUGGUGAUGGGACUUGGUCUUACAGUAUGUAUCUUUAUCAUGCUUGCUAACUUGCUGGUGAUGGUGGCCAUCUAUAUCAACCGCAGAUUUCAUUUUCCCAUCUAUUAUCUCAUGGCUAACCUAGCAGCAGCAGACUUUUUUGCUGGACUGGCUUAUUUCUAUUUGAUGUUUAACACGGGGCCCAAUACACGCCGGCUAACUGUCAGUACGUGGUUACUACGCCAGGGCCUCAUCGACACUAGCCUGACAGCCUCUGUGGCCAACUUGCUAGCCAUUGCCAUCGAGCGCCACAUCACCGUCUUUCGCAUGCAGCUCCACACCCGUAUGAGUAACAGGCGCGUGGUUGUGGUCAUUGUGAUCAUCUGGACUAUGUCGAUUGUCAUGGGUGCCAUCCCCAGUGUGGGCUGGAACUGUAUCUGCGCCAUCAAAACCUGCUCCAACAUGGCACCACUCUACAGCAAUUCAUACCUCGUCUUCUGGGCCAUCUUCAACCUUGUGACCUUUGUGGUCAUGGUGGUGCUUUAUGCCCACAUAUUCAUGUAUGUCCGCCAGCGCACCAUGAGAAUGUCACGCCACAGCUCAGGUCAGCGGCGCAACAGGGACACCAUGAUGAGUUUGCUGAAGACAGUGGUGAUUGUCCUUGGUGCUUUUAUCGUGUGCUGGACGCCUGGCUUAGUUCUCCUCUUGCUUGACGUUUUCUGUGAAAAAUGCACCGUGCUGACUUUCGAGAAGUUCUUCCUCCUCUUAGCUGAGUUUAACUCGGCCAUGAACCCAAUCAUCUACUCCUACCGAGACAAGGAGAUGAGCGUUACAUUCAAGCAGAUCCUGUGCUGCCAGAGGCAGGAGAACAUAAACGGUACAGUGGAGGGUUCAGACCGCUCAGCUUCCUCCCUCAACCACACUGUCCUGUCUCCACACAAUAAUGACCACUCAGUGGUUUGAACACAGCAGAAGAACGCAGCUGGCACUAUUGGGAUCAAACCCAGGACUGGAAAACACGCUCCUUGCCCAGUGGCAGAGCUACACAGGAGGCAUUUGCAUUACCAGAAAAAAAACUAUUUUGGAGGGUUUUUUUUUUAAAUGUGUUCUAUUUUUGGUGACACUAUAUUAAGUAUUUAAUGACUGAUUUACAGUGCUAGUGGUUUGGGCAGUAUAAUGAUGAUUUCCAAAAGUGGUAAUUUUUAGGUCAAGUAUUCAUGAAUUUAGAUUUUUCUACUACCCAGUAAGUCAUGGGUGUCCUCAGUAUUAAUAAAAAUCGUAUUAACCUUUUCACUUAGGCUUUUGCACUAUAGACGUAAGCAGUGCACUCUUGAGACCACUGAUUAAUGGCACAAUUUUGUCGCCAGCUAAUCUGAAAAAGAUGUGUUUCUCAUUAGGCCUGUGGCAUCACUUAAUUAUCACUACACUUGUAUACAAUGUACAAGGAUAUAUUCUAAGAAUAUCUAGAAUAGAAAACAAAAUAAAACAAUGGUAUUUAUAUGUUUCAGCAUGUAUGCUUAGGAGAAUUCCUUAAAUAACUUGAAUCACCUAAAGCUUAUGUGGCAUGAUGGAUUGUUGUUAGGUUUUCUACCAGAACAGUAUCAGACAGAGAUCAUUUUUUAUUUGAGGACCUUUUCAGUAUCUUCCAGUUCUGAUUUUGGUUGCUCUUUAUGUUUUUUUUUUUCUUUUUCUUUUUAAACAACGACCACUGACCUAUAUGAGCCAUUUCAUUUCAGGGAAUCCAAAUCAUGGACUGUCACCACAUUAUAAAGUCACAAGUGCCCUUUAAAAAUUCAAGAGUAUUUGGGAUUUCUUGAUUCUUUUGAGGAUUUUCAGGUUUCAUUGAUAAAUGGCUGUCACUUUGCUAACAAACGUAACAGUGUGUGUUUGUGUCUGUGUGUGUGUGCGCAGUAUAUUAUGCAGUACCAGUCAAAAGUUUGGAUACACCUUCUAAUUCAGUGUUUUUUCUUAAUUUUUAUUAUUUUUUACAUUGUGUAACAAUUCUGAAGGCAUCAAAACUAUGAAAUAAGACAUGCUGAAUUAUGUAGUAAGCAAAAUCAUUGUAAACAAAGCUAAAUGUUUCGUGUUUUAGAUUCUUCAAAGUAGCUAGCGUUUACCUUGAUGACGCUUUGCACACUAUUGGCAUUAUCUUAACUGGCUUCAUGAGGUCGUCACCUGGAAUGCUUUUCAAUUAACAGACGUGCCUCGUCUAAAGUUAAUUAGUGGAAUUUCCUGCCUUCUUAAGGCAUUUGAGAUCAAACAGUAAAUAGUAAAUAAUAAACAUACAGUAAAUAGUUCUAUUUCAUCUACAACUGUAGUAAUCCAUAUUAUGUCAAGAGCACGAAGGUCAGUCAAUCCAUAUAUCAUCAAGUGAGUUGGUGUGUCCAAGUGUGUGUGUGUGCGUGUGUGUGUGUGUGUAUAAGUUUGUCUUCGUAUAAACUGACAGUGAGAAGCAGAGCAGAUAAGAUUUCCUGAGAAUCUUGUUUGCGGUCCUGUGUGUUAUGCUGUUUAUGUCCAGCAGCCAGGACCUAAUUAAUUUUUUCUUGUGCCACAGUCAUAAGCACCAUGAAAUUUAUCUUGUGACAUGACAUAAGAGAAAUUAAAUGAUCAGUGUUUGUUGGUCUGUAUGUACAGUAUGUAUAUAAUAUAUGUAUAUAUUCAAUGUUAGUCAAAAAAGGGAAUUUUUAUUUUUAAGGGUUAAAUGACCUUUUUUUUUCUCUCAGUUGUAUCCUGCUUAACACUUAAAUUAUUUUAAAAAGUUUAACUUGGUGGCAAACAUAUGUAGUAUUUCCCAUUAAUUAAUCUGAAAUUUUCGAUGAAGACCUGUUUAGCAGUGGAUGGAAACAUCAUUACUGCAAAUGGUUUCAAAUACAGCGAAUACUAACAUUGCUAAUAAAUGUAACAGGAAGCAUUCAUACAAUACAAAGUCACACUUUGAUUUUAUAUUUAUCAUAGGUUAUUCCUCAUGGAUAAGGCAUACUAUUUAUUGGGAGUAUAGCCUCGGAAAAAGUCAUUACAUCUAAUUGGGCCAUAAUGCUGUUUGCCCUAAACAUCAGUCAUGUUGGUUUAUUUCCUUCCAUCUUUAUGAUUUAACUAAAAACAUGCCAUUUCCAUGAUAUUUAUUUUCUAUGAUUUUAAUCUCACCACAAAUACUUGAUGUUAUUUUUUUCCUCCCAUGCUCAAGCCUACAUUCUGUAUGGUAUGAUUCACCUAAACUCACUAUAAUUCAAUCUUCUUAAAAUAAACUUGUAUUAUAUCA